UCUUCCGAAGUAGGCAAAGGAUUUCUCUCUCUUAUGCGUUUACUUGCAAGUUUUCCUCUAUGAUGUGCACGCGAGUGUGCAGUGCUGCCUCCUUCAAUUCUUCCGUUUCCAGGUCAGAGAAGCAACAGCAGAAUUCAGAGAGAGAGAGAGAGGGGACGGUUAAUUUAUACUGAAUAAACUGACAAUAAAGACAGGUAUCUAGAGAGUAUGAUAUGCUAAAGAUACUUACUUUGCGAGGCAAGUAUUCUUUAUUUACAGCAGUUUCAUCACUCCCGUACUGUAUACCCUCGGUUUUGUUGCAAAACCAGUAUUGCCCUGGAGGUUAUUCUGAAAGAUCCUUGGUCAGGUUCUUGGCAUUUUAAUCACAUCAUCCAAUACAUAUUAGGAAGUAAACCGGGCUAUUGAAUAGUGGGAAUGGAGUUGAAUACCAUCAAAGAUGCAUUCGAUCGUGUUGCAAAAAAGCAAAAGUUAUCUUCUUCUAAAACACAAGAGGUAAUCGAUCAGGUUGGCCGAGAAAUUGAACAGGCACUGGCAAAAAUGCACUCCUUGCAUGACACUACUUCUCCAGCUGAUCUGAAAACCAUUCUCAAGGAACUUAACAUGAAAUUGACUGAUAUGGGCCCUCUCAAUCAGUUAGAGGGUGCACAGAAGGAGCUGAAUGUGGGACUGAGCAAAUAUGCUAAGCUUCUUGAGAAAUCGUUUAAUCCAGACAUAUCUAAGGCCUACAGAAAUGUUGACUUUGACAUACACACAGUAAAUCAAAUCAUUGCUGGCCAUUUCUACCGACUAGGCCUGUUUGACCUUGGGGAUUGUUUCAUAAAUGAAGCCAGAGAACCAGAGGGAAACUCCCUGAAAUCUUCGUUUUUGGAGAUGUAUCAGAUACUUGAGGCCAUGAAGGCUAGGAACCUUGAACCUGCCCUGAACUGGGCUACAAUUAACCGCGAGAAGCUAGCACAAAGUGGUUCGAGUCUUGAGCUGAAACUCCACCGGUUACAGUUUGUGGAGAUACUGCAGAAGGGAAGCAGGGUGGAUGCUCUCAAGUAUGCUAGAACUUUCCUUGCUCCUUUUGCCUCCCUGCAUAUGGCUGAGAUACAGAAGCUCAUGGGCUGUCUAUUGUGGGCUGGAAGGCUCGACUGCUCUCCAUAUUCUGAGUUUUUGUCUCCGACCCAUUGGGAGAAGCUGGCGGAUGAGCUGGCUCAGCAAUUCUGCAGUCUUUUGGGACAAUCCUAUGAAAGCCCUUUGAGCGUCGCAAUAGCAGCUGGGGUCCAAGGGUUGCCUACUCUGCUGAAGCUUGCAAAUGUGAUGGCAGGAAAGAUGCAGGAAUGGCAAGCGAUGAAGCAGUUGCCAGUGCCAGUGGAUUUAGGGAGGGAGUUCCAGUUUCACUCCAUCUUUGUCUGUCCAGUUUCCAGGGAUCAAGGUAGUGAAGAGAAUCCACCUAUGCUGAUGCCUUGUGGACACGUGCUCUGCAAACAGUCCAUUGUGAAGUUAUCUAAGAGUAGCACUCGCACAUUCAAGUGCCCUUACUGUCCACUCGAGGCCACAAUAGCAGGGUGUAGGCAGCUUUAUUUUUGAUGAUGGUCAACCAACCACCUGAAAAUGAAAAUGUUUAACUAUCGCGUAUGAACAGCUCUCUCGUCUGUCGACCCCUUGACGAACUGAAAGCAUGUUGUUUACAUGGCUGUGAUCGUUUAUUGGCGGUGUAGGGGUGGGUGUUUGGUGUACGAUUGUAAAUAGAUAUUCUUUCUAGAUUCAUGUGGGAAGCCCCAAAUACAUAAAUCAAGAUCCACGCAACUUAAAAGAAAUGAUGGGCAAGGCAGAUUAUCAGUGACAUUGCUGUGUUUGGUUGCAGAUUAUAUUGUCCCGCAGUGACAAGUGUAAGGUAGUGAACUUAUCCAUAAUUUAAUUCAUA